AUGGGGCAGUUUACACAAAGAUUAAGUAAAAACAGAUGGCUAGGGAGCCGACGAAUUAGCGAGGGGCGUGCGCAGGUCGCCACGCCCACCGACUCUACACCAAUCGCGGCGCGCUCACGCCUCGAAUCGAUGCGGACGUGGGAACGGCGAGAGCGCCCCAGAACGGGAGCUCUGUGUCAACAUCGCCCCCUGGAGGCGGCGGCGGAGGGCAUUUUUGUGAGGAUGAACACAAACAUGAUGCAUAUCGCCGCGUUGUGUACCUUGGCAGCCGCCGGCGGAGGACGGACUUGUGCCAGAGAAAACAAUCACUUGACGCCGGCAUUCACAUGGACCGACGCGAACUUCAGUUCAGUUCGCGAGCAUGACCGACGAGUUCGAUGGGAAGUGAAGGUGUGUGCUUGUGGUGACGAGGAGGUGGACCGGACGAGGCUGUUCGAGACAACCGGUUAUGGGUGCAUUUCGGACAGCCUACAUGUUAAACGGCAUCAGUUUUGCGUACACUACACACGCAAGUGGCGGAUCGAGGAGGAAUCCAACAAUGGAUAUCAACAUGGCGACACAACCAAUAGGGACGUCUCGGUAAUAAUGCUGGGGCCGAACCCAUCGACAUCGACGGUGGAACACUUCACAUAUCGCGUCAAUAUUAUUGCAAUGCCCCUCGCCACUCGCCUACUCCAUGGCUACCAUUGUCCGGUUAUCACCGCUUAAAACAACAACGGGGACGAUGGUACGGACGGAGUUUACUAAUACGUGUGAGACCAGAUGGACGCGAGGAUAAUGAGCUGUCGACUUGAUGGGUGUUGUCGUUCUUGAGUGUUAAAAAGUUCUGUGACAAUAAAGAUUUGGUUAAGUGGA